AUGGACUCCAAAGACACCGUCAAAGGGCGCGCUUGCCUCCCGCUCAACAUCUACGAUGAAUGGGACGACGAAGAGGACCUCGCUUACAAAAACAUCCUCGUCAACCUGGUCGAAGGAGAACUUGACCCCUCUGAGGCCGCUCGUCAAAUUGACGCGGUCUUGCUCCAACACUACGCGUCAAGAUACGACCUUCUCCGCAGCAGGCCCAAUCCCUACCAGCUCACCCCGGAGGAAAUCACUAGAGGUUUGACAAGUAUCCGCGAGGUCGCGUCAUCAGCUUGGGGCCAAGUCAAGGGGGUCUUUCAGUGGAUUGCUGUGUUGUGUAGCGCAGUCCCACCCGGCCACCCGGCCCAGGACCGCAUUAUCAUGUUCCUGGAGGCACUGCGCGCAAUGCCCUUACAUCACGUCUUGUGUCUGGGGCCCGACUCCAACGAGGGAAAGGAUGUGGAGCCAUUCCUGGAGCUCGAGCUGUGGCCUCUGGGCAAGAACUGGUGUGAAUCGGCGGACGCUUUCUGUCGAGAACAAAAGGCCCGAACCGGUCGAAUGACAAGCGACGAAGAACAUUUCCGAUGGCGCAACUUUCAGUCCGCGAUCGCCCGCAUCACAGCACUGGGUCUCGUGGAGUGUGGGUUUCUGUGCUCCCUGGAGAGAAUCAUCCCUGGCGGCUGGAACUAUGCUCCAUCCAAGACGACAGCAAACGCCUGUGAUCUGUUCGCGGGCGUGCAGUGGAUCCUGCUACACGGGGAGUACGUCUACGCGGAGUGCAAGAAAAGGGACAAGGUCACCGACCCAGUACGGCAGAUGUGGAGCAUGGAGAGAUGGGGUCUGUGA